ACUCCACCAGUCACCACACCACACCACACCACACCACCAGGCCUUCCCAUUUCUUUAUUCUCUCUCCUUUUCUUCCCAAAAAAUAAACAAUAUAAGUUCUUCAAGUUCACAGAGGGGAGAGAGAGAGAGAUGGUGCGGAUAAUUCCCAUGGCGUCUUCAAUCAGACCCUCGCUAUCCACGCUGAGGUUCGCCGGAGCUUCUCGCCUGGGCUUUUCCUUCGCUUCCUUCACUCCUUCCCGGCGACUCGCUUGCUUCCAACUCGCUAGUGGUUUUGUGAUCAUUUCGACCUGCUUGAUGAUUUUGAGUUGUAUACCAGCUGUGCCACAGUCACCGUCUUUCGGUCUGAAAGCUUCUAAGCUGUUGAGAGGAGAUGGUAAAACCACGGGGGUGGCUGCUGCUGGAAAUGCCGCGCAAGCUAGCACAACGGCUUCCCCUGAAAAUGUCCUAGAGUGGGUCAAACAGGACAAGCGGAGGAUGCUCCAUGUGGUUUACCGCGUUGGAGAUUUGGACAGGACCAUAAAAUUCUACACAGAAUGCUUAGGAAUGAAAUUGUUGCGAAAGCGUGACAUACCCGAGGAAAGAUACACCAAUGCUUUCCUUGGGUACGGGCCAGAGGAUUCCCACUUUGUUAUUGAACUCACUUACAAUUAUGGAGUUGACAAGUAUGAUAUUGGAACUGCAUUUGGUCAUUUUGGUAUUGCCGUUGAGGAUGUUGCCAAGACUGUGGAGCUCGUAAAAGCUAAGGGUGGCAAGGUAACUCGUGAACCUGGUCCGGUCAAAGGGGGAAAAACAGUAAUCGCAUUUAUUGAAGAUCCAGAUGGUUAUAAGUUCGAACUAUUGGAAAGAGGGCCUACCCCUGAGCCCUUGUGUCAAGUUAUGCUUCGUGUGGGUGAUCUUGAUCGAUCCAUAACUUUUUAUGAAAAGGCUUUUGGCAUGGAGCUCCUUCGCAAAAGAGAUAAUCCGGAAUACAAGUAUACUAUAGCAAUGAUGGGUUAUGGCCCCGAAGACAAAAGUGCUGUUCUGGAGUUGACAUACAAUUACGGGGUCACUGAAUAUGACAAGGGAAAUGCUUAUGCUCAGAUAGCAAUAGGCACUGAUGAUGUCUAUAAAACUGCUGAAGCAAUUAAACUCUCUGGGGGCAAGAUUACUCGGGAGCCUGGGCCAUUACCUGGUCUAAACACAAAGAUCACUGCUUGCUUGGACCCUGACGGAUGGAAAUCGGUUUUUGUGGAUAAUGUUGAUUUCCUCAAGGAAUUGGAGUGAGUUAUGAGAGGCUUACGCGUACCCAAGCUUGUGAUAUUGAAACUGAAAUCUCGGGCCAAGAUGAUUCUAUGAAGCUGUUCUCUUGAACGAAUGCAUUAAAUCCCCGUUUUGUAGAUAAAAUUAUAAUUAGCUUUGAAUAACCAUUGUAACAAAUAUUUAUCUCACGAUAGCGUUGCAGUCAUUGUAAGAAAAAGGAAAAACAACAAUUAGUUUUGCAGUGUUACUGUUA